AUGGGCGCCGAGGCAGGCGACGCGCCACCGUUCCAGGCCGCGGGUCCGCCGGCGAAGCGUAUUCGCCAGACGCUCGCGGACGGCACGGAGGUCGGGGACGUUCCGGACGACGUCCACGACACGUUCCGUUGGGCCCACGCUCAGCAGCACGACGGAGGCGGCGGCGGCGCGGGCGAGGGAGAGGCCGGGCGCGACGAGAAGGAUGCAAAGAAGAUGACGGUCGACGAGCUGAUGGGCGACUUCCUCCACCGCGUCACGUCCGCACAGAGCGAGGUGCAGGUGUUGGCGGACCUCCUGUGUCGCCUCCUGGGCCCGCUCGCGCCGAACAACCCGGCGCCGGACGUCAAGGACGUCGCGAUGCGCGGGCUCAUGCAGCCCGUCCUCCCGGCGCUCGACACCAUGGUCGAGGCCUCCGCAGUCGCCGUGCAGCGCACACUGGCCUCGGCGCGCACCUGCUCCGACCUGCUCGUGUCCGCCGCGGCGCGCCUCGAGCGCGACCGCACGCGCGAGCAGGCGUUCGUGGCGGACGUCCUCGCGCUCCGGCAGCAGGGCUGGCAGAUCGACACGCACCCCAGCAGCGGCCUGCCGGUGGUGGACGUCGGGUUUGGCCCCGGGAACGCGGCAGCGACGCCGGCGCUGAAGCCGACGGUGCUGCUCGCGAAGAGCGCGGACGGUCGCGUGACGCCGCGGCUGUCGCACUCGCUCGUCGCGCUGCAGCUCGCGAGCGACGUGGAGGCGCUCGAGGACGCGGUCGGGCACGAGGCGGUCGGGCGGGUCCUCCGGGUGCUGCAGCGGCGCGUGGCGGAGGCCAUCGCUGUGCACCUGCUGCGCAUGUCAGGCUACCGGUCCGGCGGGCGCGCGGACACGCUGCGGUUCCUCGCCGAGAUCACGCGCGAGGGCUUGCCGUCGGCGCGCGCUGCAGCGACCGGCGCAGCCGCCCCUCGGAGCGCCGAGGGGGAUUCCGGCACCAGCCUCGGGCGGCGGGCGCUGUGGGCGUUCUGCGUCGACUGCGCGCUCCGGCACGCGGAGCAGGAGUCGCUUCCGCGCGUGCACUUCGAGCGGGCCGCCGCGGGCGUGCUCCGUGGCCGCGCGGCCAGCGACGCACCCGGGGGAGUGUCGACGUGGACGGGGGGGCUGUUUCGGGGUAUGAUGGAGGAGCGGCUGGCGCGAACGGCGGCGCCCAAGCGCGCAUGA